GUACAGUUGGGGGCACAGUCCCAGCUUUGUAGGCUCUGCAGGGUCCCUCCCUCUGUCCCUGAGGAAGAAGCAAUACGAGUCAGUUUUUCUCCUCCCCCUCCCAUCGCUGCUGAGCUGGGCCUGGGCUGCCAGGAGGUUGUCUUGGCAACGGGAGGCGGAAAGGAGAUGCGCUGAGGGAUGGAGGUGUAUGUCACCGCAGAGGCUGCCGUGUUCCUGCCCCACGCCCCAGGCCCUUGAAGCCACCCGCGGUCAGCAGCCCAGAGAGGCCCAAGGGAUGAGGAGACCACAGCGCGCUGCGACGCCCUUGCUGCAGGAGCCGGGCCGAGCCUGACGUCCGUUCUCUCUACGCGCGCACCGGCCUCCAAGGGAGCAGCCGGCCAGUGGGGGCCGCAUGGAACGUCUGCAGAAGCAACCUCUUACCUCCCCGGGGAGCGUCAGCUCCUCCAGAGACUCCAGUGUGCCCGGCUCUCCCUCCAGCAUCGUGGCCAAGAUGGACAACCAGGUGUUGGGCUACAAAGACCUGGCUGCCAUCCCCAAGGACAAGGCUAUCCUGGACAUUGAGAGACCUGACCUCAUGAUCUACGAGCCUCAUUUUACCUAUUCCCUCCUGGACCACGUGGAGCUGCCCAGAAGCCGAGAGUGCUCACUGUCACCCAAAUCCACAUCUCCCCCACCAUCCCCAGAGGUCUGGGCAGAGAGCCGGACGCUUGGCAUCAUCUCUCAGGCUUCAACACCGAGGACCACAGGGACCCCCAGGACCAGCCUGCCCCAUUUCCACCACCCCGAGACUACCCGCCCAGAUUCCAACAUCUAUAAGAAGCCACCCAUCUACAAGCAGAGAGAAUCCACGGGAGGCAGCCCUCAGAGCAAGCACCUCAUCGAGGACCUCAUCAUAGAGUCGUCCAAGUUCCCCGCGGCACAGCCCCCCGACCCCAACCAGCCAGCCAAGAUAGAGACUGACUACUGGCCGUGUCCCCCAUCGCUGGCCGUUGUGGAGACAGAAUGGAGGAAACGGAAGGCAUCUCGAAAGGGGGCAGAAGAAGAGGAGGAGGAGGAAGAUGAUGACUCUGAAGAGGAGAUUAAGGCCAUCAGGGAGCGGCAGAAAGAGGAACUCAGUAAGGUUACUUCCAACUUGGGAAAGAUGAUCUUGAAGGAAGAGAUGGAGAAGUCAUUGCCGAUCCGGAGAAAAACACGCUCUCUGCCUGACCGGACACCCUUCCAUACCUCCUUGCACUCGGGGACAUCUAAAUCCUCUUCUCUUCCUUCCUAUGGCAGGACAACCCUGAGCCGGCUACAGUCCACGGAAUUCAGCCCGUCGGGGAGUGAGGCUGGGAGUCCAGGCCUGCAGAACGGAGAGGGCCAGAGGGGGAGGAUGGAUCGGGGGAACUCCCUACCCUGUGUGCUGGAGCAGAAGAUCUAUCCCUAUGAGAUGCUGGUGGUGACCAACAAGGGGCGAACCAAGCUGCCUCCUGGUGUGGACCGCAUGAGGCUGGAGAGGCAUUUGUCAGCAGAGGACUUCUCCAGGGUCUUCGCCAUGUCUCCAGAGGAGUUUGGCAAGCUGGCCCUAUGGAAGCGGAACGAACUCAAGAAGAAGGCUUCCCUUUUCUGACAUCCCGGCCGGCUCGCUCUGUCGGUGACAGCACCUUCCCUCUGCUGCUUCAAGGCCCUGAAGCUGGGGCUGUGAGACCCCAGAGCAUCCUCUUCCUCUGCUGGCUGGGAGCAGCAGGAGGCAGGGCAGAAGCGUUGGGCUCCAUUCCUCAGGGAGAGAGAGAGCCAAGAAGUGCACAGGCCCAGAGCCAUGAGGCGCGGACUUCCUUCCCCACGAUGGGCCAGGGGGCCUUACCUUUUUUCCCUGGGCUCCACUGCCUAGCCAAACCCAGCCGGGACUCCAGCACACAGUCAUUGUUUGCACUCCUUCCCUGUCUGUCGCCCGCCCGACCUGAAGGUUCCCAGAAGGUGAGGAGAAAUGAAGAGGGACACUUAGUGGUGAGGUCUGUCUUGCUAUCCUGUACAGGGGGUAGACUUGGCCAGGAAGUGGCAGCUCUGGGACCCUGUGCCUGUCCACCCAAAGGCUCCAGCUGGCUGCACUCCUGACUGCUCCCUGCAUCUGGGCCUGAUGCUUCUCUGACUGGCAGAAGCAGGCUCUACCUGGGCCUCCAGAUGGGAGGUCAUCCUCCCUCCAGCUUGUCUGUCCUGUACUUUGCAACCCCUAAGCUUCAAGCCUCUUGCUCAAGAUCCAGGACCUAUUUAAAGCUGUGGCUAAGAGCAGAGCCGCUAUUCACACAAUGCCUCACCGCCACCAGCCUCCAGGCAAAACCAGCUAGGAUGCACCCUUCUAUCCCCUAUCCGGGGACCACUGAGCCCAGGCCUCAGCCUUCCUAGCCCAUGGCCUAGCUUGGGGCACUUGAGAGUCCAGGCUCCCAGGUCCCCCCAUUGCCAUGCAUCCCCUACUGUGCUCUCUUCAGAAUGUAAUUUAUUGGGGCACCCUCUGCUGCUUUCCUUUCCCAACUCCCCGCCCCACCUAACUGCACUCCCAGUCCCCAUCUCUCCACAUAUGUAUGUGUACAUAAUUAUACAUAUAUAUAUAUAUAUAUAUACAUAUAUAUAUUUUGCCCAGGUCUGGGUUUUGUUUUUACCCAGAUCCUGGCACUCCCUUGUCCACUGUGUGUGUGUGAUCAUGCCGGGAGGGGUAACUGCUUGGAAUUAAAGGUUGCAUUGGGUCCCUAAAUCUAUAAUCUAUUUGUCUCCAUCCC